AUGGCGGGGAAUGUGUCACUUUUGACAGGAGUUAGAAGACUGUUUUACCUCGUAACUCCAAACGAGACGUCAUUCAGAGAUGUCAGUGAUGUCCCGAACUACACACGAGAGUCUGUGCCAUCCUUUAUGUUGUUUGUGGCCAUAGAGCUAACAAUCUCCUUGAUUAAAGGAGAUAAGAAAAUGCGGAUAAAUGAUGGUGUGACCUCUAUGAGUGCUGGACUUUUCUCUCGUCUUCCUCUAUACCUUAUGCGCACAGUUGAGUUGGGAUCUUACGUUUGGGUGUUUGAGAAGUUUUGCGUGUAUGAGUUAGCCUGGGACUCAGCAUGGACUUGGUGGUUAGCCUUCCUGGCAGUAGAUUUGGGUUACUACUGGUUCCACAGACUGGCUCAUGAAGUGAACAUAAUGUGGGCAGCCCAUCAAGUGCACCACAGCUCUGAGGAUUACAACCUGACUACAGCCCUCCGACAGUCAGUUCUGCAGAAGUAUACCUCAUGGAUGUUCUAUUUGCCCUUGGCUCUGUUCAUCCCACCCUCUGUCUUCCUGGUCCAUCAGCAAUUUAAUAUAUUAUUCCAGUUCUGGAUACACACUGAGUAUGUGAAAUCUUUGGGUCCAUUAGAAUAUAUAUUGAACACCCCAAGUCACCAUAGGGUCCACCAUGGGAGAAACCCCUACUGCAUUGACAAGAACUAUGCCGGCACACUGAUAGUUUGGGAUCGUUUGUUUGGGACCUUCCAGGCUGAAGAUGAGACUGUGGUUUAUGGCUUGACCCACCCUGUUGGUACCUUUGAGCCGUUCAAAAUACAGUUCUGCCACCUUCAUUAUAUGUGGGGUCGCUUUAAGGAAGAAAAGGGGCUGGCUAAUAAGCUGUCCGUGAUAUUUAAAGGACCUGGUUGGGAGCGCGGCAAACCAAGGUUGGGAAACAUCGAAGACAUUCCAAAGGUGUGUUAUCCUGUGGAGAAGUACAGCAGUUGUGUACCACCAUGGUGUGGUCUAUACAUCUGUAUUCACUUCUUUAUAAUCAUUCAGCUGAAUCAGCAAAUAGCAGCAAGCUACCGAGUCUUGCCUGUCACAUUUGUGCUUCUUUCUGAAGUCUUUGUUUUGCUGUCUUUAACAUCUUUCGGACGACUGUUUGACAAUAGUGAUUACUCCCCUUUGCUGGAGCUCUUCCGCUGUGUGUUGUUCCUCACUGCUGACCUUAUCCUGGGUGUCCUAGGAUACCAGGACCUCAAAUCACGCCCUCUUGCCAUGCGUUUUGUACAGUACUGGUACAUCACCUCUGUUGUCAUCUGGAUUGUCCGUCAGGUGACAUUCUACAGUGGCAGGCUUGAAAAAAAUAAACAGAUGUAACAACUGCCUGGUGAUUAGCAGAUGCUUUAUCAAAAGUGAUUUUUACGUGAAUUGAAUAUGAAUUGAGAAUCUUAUCUGCUUUUAUGUUAUUUGAUGUGAGAAAGAUAUAAUUGGAUAUGAACACUUCAAGUACACAAAAGUACUUUGCCACAGUAAUUUGCUGUAUUAGAAAAUGUUUUGUCAGUGCUUGGAAGAGGAUGUUAUGAAAUGGUAUUUUACAAUAUUAGCUAUAUCAGAUGCAAGGUUCUAGACAUUCAUUGUAGUGUAAUGAGUAUGUAAAUAAAAGUGUCCCUUUCAGAAGGCUAUUAAUUAUUUUAAUGUAUCACAAUAACAGUAUCGUAUAUUUUAUAAAUUGACGCAUAUUAUUAGUUUAAUAUAUUUUAUACAUUCUCUACAUUAUGUGAGUAUUGUGAAGUAAUUUAUCUUAUAUAUUUUAAGUGAUUUGGUAUGGUAUGAUUUAAUCAUAGUGCAAAUGGAAAUCCAUGUGAUUUAUUGAUUUAGUCAAAUCUGUUGCCCAUAUUUUAUACUAAAUUUAUUUUAUGUAUUGUAUUAUUAGAAUUUUUAUUUUUAAAGCAAAUAUACAGUUGCUUUUUUAAUAUCAAUUUUGCCCCGUAUGUGGAUCUGUUACUAAACUUUAAUGAAUAUGUGAUUAAAUAUGUAUCCACACAAGUGUUUUUCUGAAUUAAAAUUAGAAAAAAAUUUAGAGAAUUAGGACUGCAUUUAUACGAUGAUAACUGGAACCAACUGGCAUUAUACAUCUGUAACAUAUGGUGCCAAAAAGAAUGAGAAGACGUACUGAUUGUGGUCUUACAACAUGUGGUGUUAAGCCAUAAUCCUUCAUUGUUACAAAAUGUGUACAGGCACAAACAUGGAAAGUCUAAAAUAAACCUAACAGGAUCUGUACCACGGCCUAAUCUGUGUUGACCAGAAAGUGCCAAUUUUA